CGGCGACUACGACGCUGCCGCUGUCAUCGCUGCGCGCUCCCUCCGAUGCGGAAUUGCGCGAGAAUGCAAUGUCCUGCCGCUGCUGCUCAUGCUCCUCGGCACGUAACGACGUCAAUAUGUAAAUGUGCGUAGGUCGUCUCGGCUGCUCAGACAACGUUCGUGACAGCGAUAGAUCGAGAGAGAGAGAGAGUGCUGUAAUUCGAUCGUGGGUGCCGAAGAUACCACCGGACCAAGGAAUGAGGAGGGCGAUGGCGAGAACCAGAGACUGGACCUGUCUCAAGCACAUUACAUGGACGAUCAACAACGAGUACAAAGCUCUGUGGAAUUUACCGUAUCCGGAGACAACGCUGAAGAGACACGGGUCCCUCCCGAGCGCGAGUCCUGCAGCUCCAGCUUCCGGCGUGAGAGCGUACGGGAAGGGUGUGUAUAAGCAAGAGCAGAAAGACGGAGCCGAGGAUGUUUUGGGCGCUGGGAACACGACGAACGCAGCCAAAAACGAUGCUGUGGGAGAAGAAAUGCGGGUCGACUCGUUCGUCAAGCAUGAGAUCGAGGAGACCGAUGGCGACGGGCUGGUGGAGAAGGCCAAGAAGGGAGUGAAGAAGGUUGGUGAGAAGAUGAAGGAUGCUUCGGAUUACAUGAGGACUGGAGCAGAGAAGGCCGAAGAGAAGGAGGGAAGUCAUUCCACCAUGCAGCAAAUGAUGGACAAGGCGGCCGACCUGCUGGACGGCGCUGGAGAUACGAUGAAGGAGGCGGGCUCUAAAAACAACCGCUGAGUGCAUUGUGGACUGUUUGUAGUCGUAGACUUAAGCAUGAAAAUGAGUGACGUUUGUAGUCUCUCGCUUACACCCCUGCCCCGCUUUGAAACUUUAGUACACUAGGAUGCCAAACACCCGAGCUCGAUGUAAAUACGUCUGAUGACAAGCAGUGCUACAUUGCGUCAAUAUACAGACAUCUAGACUUUCUGUGUUCGUGUUCACCCGAUCGAUGACUGAAGGUACGUUCUGAGGUUGAACAGUUUGUAUAUUGUGGAGCUUCUGAUGGAGUGGUCACGUAGAAGUGUGAAAUUAUAAUUCAACCCUUAGUGAAAUGACCAGUCUGGUGACUGACAAGCAUCACACUCUUUUUUUCAAGCGUCUGUGAUACGCUGGUGAUGCGUUGGAUGAGGCCAAGGAAAUUUUGUGUGAGGGAAAAGCGUUGAGGUUUUUUGAUUGACUGUUGUUGCCUUGGGCUGUCUUUAUAUAACGUCCUUUUCCUUAAAGCUAGCAUUUGACGAGAGUGUCUUGCAUCACAAAGCUGAGAUAAUAUCUUGUUUUUUUCUACCGUUGUGAGUGUUGUGAUCGCACUUAUCCGAGUGGGAUACAUUUAUCCUGCAAUCGUGAGCUAUGAUAUUUUUUUUUUUGCAGAAUAAAGUGUCAAGUAUAAAUUUACACCACACGAAAGAAAAAGUAUUGAUCAUCGACUAAAACUUUAUGUACCUGAAAGGCCACAUGAAAUAAAGUUACUGUGAAUGUGCUUUCA